ACAGAAAACGAGAGGGGAGGAAGGUCCAGGUGUGUAGGGUACUUGUACUCUAGUUCGGAGCGGUUCGACUGCAUCGGUGGUUGGAGUGUACUGAACCUUCUCUACGAACAGAUUCGCAAGGGGAACGAGGUGUGUAGGGUACUUGUACUCUAGUUCGGA